UUUCCGUGGCUUUGUUUUAAACUCAGACUCGGAAAAUUGGGGGGAGGGGAGGAGGAAGAAGAAGGAAAGACAGAAAGUAUUUUUUUUCUUUUUUUUUUUUUUUUUUUUCUUUUUUUCCCUUCUUAUUUGACAGGGGUAGGAAAAAAUAAAAGGGGAACUGGAAGGAAAAGGGAACGGGAAUCAACCCCCUGAAGAGAAAAGAUUCCUGCUCCUCCCCCUUCUCUUAGCAGCUGGGCACAGCGUUGCUCGUCUUCUGUUGCCGUUGCUGCCAUUUGUUGACAGGUCUCUGGAUGGCAGACUGAAAAGAAAUGCAAUUUUAAGAGAUACCAAAGAUGAUGACUAGAAAGAUUAAGCUUUGGGACAUUAAUGUCCAUAUAACCUGUCAUUUAUGCAACGGAUACCUGAUUGAUGCCACCACUGUAACAGAAUGCUUACAUACUUUCUGUAGAAGCUGCUUGGUGAAGUAUUUGGAGGAAAAUAACACCUGUCCAACAUGUCGGAUUGUUAUACACCAGAGCCAUCCAUUACAGUAUAUUGGUCAUGAUAGAACAAUGCAAGAUAUUGUUUACAAACUUGUGCCAGGCCUCCAAGAAGCGGAAAUGAAAAAGCAGAGGGAAUUCUAUCACAAACUGGGUAUGGAAGUACCAGGGGACAUCAAAGGGGAGACAUGCUCUGCAAAGCAACAUCUAGCUUCACAUCACAAUGGUGAAACUAAACCAGAUGAAAAUUCAAACAAAGAAACUUCUGAAGAAAAAACAGAAGAAGAUAAUGACUAUCAUCGAAGUGAUGAACAGGUAAGCAUCUGCUUGGAAUGCAAUAGCAGCAAAUUACGUGGAUUGAAACGAAAAUGGAUCCGCUGCUCAGCACAAGCAACAGUCUUGCAUCUAAAGAAGUUCAUUGCUAAAAAACUUAACCUUUCUUCUUUUAAUGAGCUGGAUAUAUUAUGCAAUGAAGAGAUUCUUGGCAAGGACCAUACACUCAAGUUUGUAGUUGUUACUAGAUGGAGAUUUAAGAAAGCACCUCUACUGCUACAUUACAGACCCAAAAUGGAUUUGCUGUAGGAGAACUGUAUUUUCCUUCUGGACAGCUUUUUGCAGACUGUCAUCUGGCACCUUAGUGCAGCACUUAAUUCUCAUGUGACAUGAACCAGCAGAAUAAUUUUGGAAGAUCGUAGUGCUUCUAUAGCAGACUGUCCUUCUGAAUAUUUCUAGGGAUGUGCUGCAUGGAUUUUUGGACAAAAAUAUAUAUAUAUUUAUUUUUGUACAAAUAAAAUAAAUCGCAACUCAACAAGAUUCUACUAGCACUGAGUUUACAGGUAAUGAAAACACUUCACAGUUCCAUGGAAGUCAGCCUGAUUCAUCUAUUUGUAGUUACACAAAAAUAAGUUAAAAUGGUGUGGGAGAAAUUUAAACUUUGCUUUUAAUGCCAAAUUACUAUAUUUACUUAUAUUUUUGUCUUUUAACUUUACAACUUGUUUCAGUAUGUUUUUCUGAGGUGUUCUUGUUUUAUAUAGUAUGCCCAAUUAUGUCAGCUUUAAUGAUGCCAUUCUAUAGAGCAUUCAACAUACCUAAUGAUACAGUGACUGUUGAUAUUUAUUAUGCUGCAUUAAAAACUUUCUUAAAGCCUGGAGAUCCAAUUACUUCAUUAGUUUUGCACAGUGUUUGUUCUUUAUUUUGUAUUUCAGUAGUGUUUUAAUAUCCUCCCUUUGCAUGUUGAUUUGAAAUGAGUCCACUUGAUUUUUUUAAUAUGCCUUAAUAUUUUGCCAUGGCAUAAAUUACAUCUGAUCAUAAGAAAUACUAAUAAGUGCUGAACUUGUGAAAUUGUUUUAAAUCAAAUAUGUCAUUGGGGCUUGCAAAAAUAAAAUCUUAAUUUAGGGAGUAUUUGCUAUUUCAUUAGCUGUUAAAAUUAUGGCACCUUUUGUUGAUGUUGCACAAGUUUCCAUUUCACUAGCUAAAAAUUCUUCAGGUAAUUACAAACCAAUUCUGUGUUUCUUUUACUGUUUUCUAUAUGAAACCAUAGCUGUUUGUAGCUCAAUUACUAUUUAUCUUUGAGGUCAGAUUAGAUUACAGGGGCACCAUCUGGCCUUAACUGAUAAUUUUGUUUGUGUCAAGCCCUGAGAGAUGCAAAGUACGCUAUCUGUAUGUGUGUCUGUGUACAGAUGUGUGCACCUUAGGGAAUCCACUUUCAGUAGUGUUUAACAGUAGCAGUGUUGACUACACCAAUUGAAAGGCUUUUUAAAAUAGUCAGCUUCAUAAAAAUGUGAUAGUAGUUGAAAGUGACUUCUGCAAGCUGUAUGCUGCAUAGCAUUAUAUAUAGCAUGGAUGUGAAUGUAUCCAACAUGGGGUCUUAAGUAACUGAAAAGAAUAUAAGUAGUAUUAUUGGCAGCCUUCAACUGAGUUUUCCUGUCAGCUGAAAAUGGCAGUUAUAUCAAACACACUAUUCUUCCAUAAAAUGUCAAUGGCUAGGAAAAUCAGUAUGCCUGUUAGCACUGUCCUGCUUCUUCCAGCUGUGCUCCCCUACUUUGCUUGAUAAUAGCAGGUUGAUCUCAUAAGAGGCUUAUUCAAGUUUUCUAAAUCCUACUGCCUCUUCUUGAGUUUUCCAAUCGCUACAUUGCUCUGUGCAUCUUCCAUGCUUUUCUUAAUUAAACUUUUCAGUUAUUCUUUUUGUAGUUCUGCUGUUGCCAGAGGGAAGCUCUAAGUUCUCUUGUUUGUCUUAGGAAAUGGGGCCCUUGUUUUAAUUUAUGGCCAAAGGUGGUAAAUGGUGAAGAAAUUAAAAGAAAUGCAAAGAAAAAGUGUAUUGAACUAUGGGGAUGGUCAAGAGAGCCACAGUAAGGCCAAUGGAGUAGAGCCAUCUUUGAAAAUGAUGAUGUGAGACCAAUACAUUUGAACACCUGGGUUAGACAUGACUUCUUUAUGUCAAGGCUUAGAGCAGGGGUGUCAAACUCAUUUUCACUGGGGGCCACAUCAGUCUCGCGGUUGCCUUCAAAGGACCGAAUGUAAUUUUAGGACUGUAUAAAUGUAGGAGUAGUUACAUUUAUACAGUCCUAAAAUUACAUUCGGCCCUUUGAAGGCAACCGCGAGGCUGACAUGGCCUCCAGUGAAAAUGAGUUUGACACCCCUGGCUUAGCUAAUGUGUAUGCGAUGGAAUUAGAGGUUUGCUCUGGUUUUGCUGUACUGUUUCUGGACUCGCUUACCUACAAUUUAGCUUUAUCUGUUUUUAGUAUUAACAGAAGUGACAGAAGAGGAUGAGAUCUAAUUAGUCUCUAUUUUUGAUAGUUUUUCACAGAACAGUGAAUGCAGAUGAUUUGGAUGUAUAUGUAAGUUAACAUAAUAGGCCUUUCUGGAGCUAUUAUUGUAUACUUCCCAGUGUAAAUCAGGGGCUAGUUCCAGUUGGUGAGGCUUCCAAAGAGUGCAAAUAUGGUUAUAAACAUCCAUCCUUCAUGAACCCCUAAUGUACCUGACACAGACACAGAGCUCAAGCCCAGAGACCAUGUAAAUGCCUAAUUCAUUGUUCAGCUACAGUCUAAAGGUUUAAUAAAUAUAUUUGUGAUUGGUCUACUUCAGCAUGUGUACAGUGUGGAACCUUAUUGCAAGAUCAGAUGUUGAUGCAGUGCUGUUGAAGUUUAUCGGGAUUUUAGUAUUUCUCUGUGUAGCUCUAUAAGUGAAAGAGGUUAGUAGUUACAAACAUAAAUUCAUAAAGCUCUCUGCCAUUUGGUUCUAAAUCUUUCUCUAACACUCUGUAGUAUAGAAUAUACGUUUGCAAGUUUGUAACUACCUUUGGAAUCACUCAAAUUUGUUACAGUGCUAUAUCAAUAUAUUUAAAUCUGUUUAUAUAGGUAUGCAUCUGUAGCCAGUGUAACACUUAUAGCUGGUGGCUGCUCAUAAUAAAAAAAAAAAAACCCACCAAAAAACAACCAGAACCCUAUUGUUCACAUCAUGUCACAAUAGAUAUCUUCAUUACAAAAACUAUUUCCCAUGGGGAGGGGUGGGAUGGUGUCUGCACUAUUUGUUUGGUUUCUAGCCUUAUGGAAAGACUGGAUAGACUAGAACUGAAUUCAAGUCAGAGGCAAGCCUUGGAGUCAAAGUCGUGUUUUACUUCUUUGAAGCUUUAGAAACACUUGAUUUAAUGUCAUGAUUAUAUUGGCUAAAACAGUACUGACUUCUUUCUCUCUCUUUUUUUUUUUUAACUUUUAAAUCUGAAAGUUGGGCUCAGUAUAGAUAUUUUUUCAAUACUGAUGAGGUCAUGAUUAAUUUAUUUUGAUCUUAAUAAAGAUAACAUUACUGUGAAGUAAUUUUUACAGCCACUUACACUGGUAAAAAAUUGCGGUAAAAAGGUAUCUUGUAGCAUUAUCCUCAGCAGCAAUGAGACUAAAUUAUCCCAGGCUCAGAGUCUCACUAGAUAGUUUUCAUUAAAAAUUGGUAAUUCACAGAAAAAUAUAUAAUAUUACAUUUAAAUAAGAUUUGGGAGCUUGGAAAAAUUAACUUUAUAAAAAUUAUUUACUGUAUUAAGCAUUCUGGUUUAUUUUAUCAUUAGAGUAUUUUUUUGUUUCAAAGGUCCAGCUUUAUUUGCAGGCAUAUAAAACUGUAAAAAGUUUUUACAGCUUCUUCCUGUUCUAUUAGGUUUGAAUGGACUUUAUUUGUAUGUCUUUGCUAUGUAUGGCUAAAGAGCUUUGCUUAUUCUUUUGUGCAAAUGGUCAGAAACAUGCAUUUAUAAGACAUAUGUUUAAACUGUAAAUUUAGCAUCUACUUCUAGAUUGAAAAGCAACAUAGGGAUUUUCAUAAAUACAUUCAGUGGGGUUUUACUUGGGAUUUUCAUUUGUGGUUUGUUGGUUUUUUAAGAAUAAAGUUUGGAAUUUUAUGGGUUUGCAAGAUCUUUAAGUGGAAGAACUACCCAUCGGCAAUAUUUUAAAAUGGAUGAUCUAGCAAGAAACUUCAAUAUGAAUUGUAGAAGUAAUAUGCAAAAGAUGCAACCUAUCUGAAAUUGUUUUGUGCCAUUGCUAUGUCUGGUAUCUUUGCAUGCCAUCUGACCUGAGAAUAUUUAUUUUUAUUGGUUGUGCAAUAAUAUACACAACAUUGUCACCUCUGAGAAUGUGGGGCUGCAAAAAUGAGGUUACAUUUAUGAUAAUACUGAUUUUUUUCAAUAGACUGAACCUUUGAAAGUGCAUUUGGCUCUAUUGUUGUUAUAAUGGCAUAAUUAGUCUUCAGAGAUUCACUUUUUCUUACUGAAUGGUAAAUGGAACUAUACAGCUAGCCUAUUUUUCAAUUACCUUGUUUCCCAAAAAAUAAGAUAGGAUCUUAUAUUAGUUUUUGCUCCAGAACUUAUUACUUUUUUACACAUACAGCUGCCUGGACACUAUUUAAAUUGACUUUUUAAAUGAACUGUAACUAGGGCUUAUUUUUUUGAGUAGGGCUUAUAUUUCGAGCAUCCUCAAAAAUCCUGAAAAAUCAUGCAAGGGCUUAUUUUCGGGGUAGGGCUUAUUUUCAGGGAAACAGGGUAUAGGAAUCUUACCACUGAGUUAAGUAUAAUUGGAAAGAGUCAACUAGUCUGUAUGAUAACACAUUAAUCUUCAUAAAUGUGUUUUCUCAGUGAUACUUAAGAAAUGUGUUUAGUACAUAAGGCUGAAUUUUACAGAAAAAUCUAAUUUCUGCAUUUCCUCAGGUAAUUGAUUCAGUUUGGACAUUUCACCAGAGAUGUUAAUACAAUCUAUGCUUCAGAUUUUCUGCCUGAAGUUAAUAACAAGAAAAAAUGCCAUACAUACUAGAAUCUUUGCAUAAGAUUCACUUAACUAUAAUUGAGAGGUAUUGACUUCUGUCUGUUUUAAAGGUACAAAGAGAGCAUGGAAAAAUAAUUUAAUAUCUGCUUUCAUCAAAAUCUGUCAUCAUGUACAGACACUGUCUAGGAACCUGCCUUUUGUGGGAAGCCAACAGUCAUAUUUUUACAAUGGAGUUUGAUAUGCCUAUACGCAAAUUUAAAACUCUGUUAUUGUUCGAGCCACUUGAGUGGAUCCUCAAGGCUUCUAGGAAACCUUUUGAAGCCACCAUGAUCUGCUGAGGUCAGAUUGCAAGAUAGGGGCUAAAAGGACAAUUCUGUGAACUCUUACAAUGGCAACUUUAUUACUAACUUAGGUGGUUUAACUGAAAGCAGUGGAAUCAUUCAUUUGGACAAAAUUACUUAUAUGUGUGUCUGCAAGAUGGAAUCCUAAUUUUUGAAGGGUGGACUGGUGUUUCUGUAUCUUUUAAGUUAAAAAGCAUUGGUUUUUAUUGGUUCUUUUAUCCAAGUAAUUUAAUUGGACAAAAAUAUUUUAUUCUUUUUUCUGCAAAAACAUUAAGGUUAAAGGACAAUAAACCAGUACAAUAGCUAAACCUUUAUCAUCGAUAUGUGGUAUAAUAAAGAUACUGAAAUUAUCACAGUGUAAGGCCAUAUUUUUUGACUUGGUUUCACUUGAGACAUUACUUUUUUAUACUGUUUCUAUGCUGUUUCCAGUGUGAUUUUUGUACUAUUGGUGGCUAGUUUUGGUCUAAAGAAGCCUUUUGGGAUUAUUGCUUAAUGUUUUGAUUUUACGAUAGUGAUGCUUGUAUCCAGUGUUUUGCCAAAUAAUAUUAUAUGCUUGUUAAUAAAAGUAAAAAAGCUAACUGAAA